AUGUCCGACGACGCCCCCUUGAAAAUUUCUAAACUCCCCAUCAUCGUCAACAAACCUACACCCUACACCUUCGACCUCGGUCUCCUGCUCGCCGAAGACCCCAACCCGCUCCUCCUCACUACCUCGGAAAAUCUCGAAGCUGACCUCGCUGCUACCGCACGAGAUGGCGCGCAAGCAAUGUUGAAUCAGUUGUUGAGUACCUGUCCCAUUGCAUCGACGCCCAAUGGAGUAUUGUUGAGUCUGCCGGGAAUUUCCACCAAAUUGCCUAGAGAAAAGCCUCUUCCUCCACCAGUCGUGCAAACUACAUGGCAGAAAUUCGCCGCCAAGAAAGGCAUUAAACCUAAGACUGCCGAGGCCAAAAAGAAGCUGGUUUAUGAUGAAACCACUGGCGAAUGGGUUCCUAAAUGGGGAUACAAGGGAAUCAACAAGAAGGGAGAAGAUGAUUGGAUUGUGGAGGUGAAUCAGAAACAGGAGCACGAUAGAAAGGAGGGAACUGAGAGACAGAAUGAUGGGAGACGGGAGAGAAAAGAGAAGGUCAGGAGGAAUGAGAGGAUGCACAGGAAGAACGACAGGAGUGAUAGGAAGAACCAUGGAGGAAAGAAGGAUUAA